UUUCUCUCCCACAUUACACAAUCUUUACAAUUCCAAUUUUUUUGGCCUUACUUCUUUGUAACUUAGGCAAGAAAUUGUUAGAGGUUGAUUUUUUCUGAGAAACAUAGUAUUCGGACAUACCAAUGAAGUUUGGCAAGAGAUUGAAGCAACAAGUUCAAGAAACCUUGCCAGAUUGGCGUGACAAGUUUUUGUCUUACAAGGAAUUGAAGAAGCUUGUUCGUCUGAUCUCAUCGGCUCCACCUUUCUCGUAUGGAUCAGUUGAGUAUGGAAAGGCAGAGGCUGAGUUUGUGCGUCUGCUGAACAGUGAAAUUGACAAGUUUAAUACUUUUUUCAUGGAACAAGAAGAGGAUUUCAUUAUUCGGCAUGAGGAGCUAAAGCAGAGGAUUCAGAAAGUGAUUGAUACUUGGGGGCCAAGUGGAAGUCAGCCUUCAGAGGCAGAGUACAAAGAGCAGAUGAGAAAGAUUAGAAAAAACAGUGUCAAUUUCCACGGUGAAAUGGUGCUUCUGGAGAAUUACAGCAACAUCAAUUACACAGGAUUGGCCAAGAUAUUGAAGAAGUAUGACAAGAGAACAGGUGGGUUAUUGCGCCUUCCAUUCAUUCAAAAGGUGUUGGAGCAACCCUUUUUUAUUACCGAUCUAGUAUCAAAGCUUGUCAAGCAAUGCGAAUACAUGAUAGAUACAGUAUUCCCUGUAGAGGAAGAAGAGAGAGUGAAAGAAGGAAGAGAAGCAAUAACGGUUGCGGGAGAAGGGAUUUUCAGGAACACAAUUGCAGCUCUAAUGACCAUGCAAGAAAUUAGAAGAGGCAGCUCUACUUACAGCCAUUUCUCUCUGCCUCCUCUGAACUUGCCAGAUUCUGAUCUUAUUCAGUCAUUCCAGCUCAAUUCUCCUAUAUCUAUUGUCUAAUAAGAUUAGAUUUUAUGAAAUACAUGAUACUGUCGUAGUCACACAACAAUAUGAUGGUUGAUUAAUAAUUUAUCUCUCUUUUUUUGUAUACAAUAAUGUCAAUGCAGUUUCUAAUGAUGAUUAACGAAUUCAGAUUCAAUUACGAGUCUGUUGGUUCAUUAA